UCCUCCAGGAAUGGAAGAGAUAGGUGCUGUGGCCUUCAGCGGAGAAGACACCCAUGUGGCCUGGCUGCGUGAGGUCCUCACUCUGCAGCUGCAGAAAGGAUGAAGGUGUAAACACAACGCUAUGAAACAUUCCUGGACUCAAAGAGAGAAUGAAGCCUUUUGUUCAUAAACAUCUAAUCCACCUUCUCACAAUGUGUGACCAUCAGAAUGUUUCUUGAGCUAUUAUACGUCCUGCAGGUCAUCUGAAUAGCAACUUGAUUCUUGCAUUUUCAAAUACACGAGAAGAGGCUGUUCCAAGAAGGACUUUUUUACCUGUACAGCAAUAUUUAGGGUAAACACACUCUGUUUGAGGAUACGUUGCUGCUGCUGAAAACACAGAGACACUUCUGACUCUGCACACUAACAGCAGCGUUUCAUGCUUGAAUAAAAGCUGCAGCAGUUCAGACGCCUGGCAGGACCUCAGCUCACCAGAUAUACAGCCCACUUCUCAAUAAAUAGUUGAGAGAAGAGCCAUGUGCAUCAAUCCUGCGGAUCCGUGUGAAUGCUGGACCAGCGGUGGUCUCUGUGAGCCCUGCAAGGCAACCACCAAGGACAGAGAAAUGGCAGAGGUGCAGCGGUCCAACCACACGAAUGCAGCCGGGAGCACAACCGAAGACAAGACCACUGUCUCCAGCCAAGCUGUGGGGGAAACCGGCCGGAGUUGGGGGUGGAUGCUCUCCGGUGUCAUCUGUCUGAACAUUGUGAUGCUGGGCUGCUCCCUGGUCAGCAGCGGCUCUUCUGGCAAAACUAGCAUCAGCUUCCCAGACCUGCAGCUCUUCCUCAUCGUCCUCCUGCUCUUCAGCUCCGCCUGGAUGAUGUACUACAGCAUUCACACAGCCAAGACGGAGAACGCUGUUGUCUUCAGGGAUGAGCACGCUGGACCAGUGUGGCUCAGAGGUGGACUUCUGCUGUUUGGGAUGCUCAGCAUCAUCAUGGACAUCUUCAAGAUCGCCAGCUAUGUGGGAUUCCUCCACUGCGACUCGGCUGUCCAGGUUGCCUUCCCUGUGGUGCAGCUGGUCUUUGUGCUGGUGCAGACAUACUUUCUUUGGAUUCAUUCAAGAGACUGCGUGCAACGCCAGAAAAGCAUUUCACGCUGUGGUCUGAUGCUGACGCUGUCCACAAAUCUGGUUCUGUGGAUGACCGAGGUCGCAGAGGAGUCCCUUCACCAGACAACAGUCCCUGACUUCCCCAGCAACACUACUAAACUCUUCGGGCGUAGCUGGUACAUUAGUAGAGCUGGUUUUGGAGACGAGUCCUGCACUUGUAGUCACACUUCCUGUAGCGUCUUUAAGGAGGCCUACUACUACCUGUACCCCUUCAACAUUGAGUACUGCCUCUUUGCCUCCGCCAUGGUGUAUGUCAUGUGGAAGAAUGUCGGAAGAGUAAACCCUGAAUUCAGCCACCACAUCAAAUUCAACCUGAGAGGCGUCUUCGUUGGUCCUGCUGUUGGAGCCGUGACGGUGGUCGCAGGCCUGGCAACGUUCAUCAUCUACGAGAUCGAGAUAUCAGCCAGUGAUCAGGACGAGGAAGGCAAAGUCAACGCAGUGAUGAUGUACUUUAUCGUGAAUAUCGUCAUAACAAGUAUGAUGUCCAUCUGCACCGUCAUAGGCAGCGCCAUUUUCAAGGUGGAUCACAGGGACCACGUGAAAGAGAGGAACCCCACCCGCAGCCUGGACGUGGGACUGCUGGUGGGAUCCUCGCUGGGGCAGUUCGUCAUCAGUUACUUUUCCAUCGUAGCCAUGAUAGCGACCGGAGCCGAGGGCCACUUGAACAGACUCAACUUGGCCUGGGGUCUGCUGAUGGUGAUCCAGCUGGGCCUUCAGAACUUCUUCAUCGUUGAAGGUCUGCACCGGGAGCCGUACCGCCACGCGGAGCCAGACACGGUGGUGGUGAAUCCGUACGUCACGGAGACAAGCAAGGGUGUGAGCAACCUCGAGAUGGCAGAGCCAGAGAAAGCAGCCCGCCGCGGUGGGACGGCAGCACCGCCGCUGCUGUGGAAGAGGCGUGUCCUGAGGGAGGUGUGUGCCUUUCUGCUUCUGUGCAACAUCAUAUUGUGGAUCAUGCCUGCGUUUGGCGCUCGUCCCCAGUUUGACCAUGACACUGAAACUCAGUUCUACCAGUUCAGCAUGUGGGCAGCGGUUGUGAACGUGGGUCUUCCCUUCGGCAUAUUCUACCGCAUGCAUGCAGUCGCCAGUCUGUUUGAAGUGUUCCUCAAGUCCUGAGGCUGCGUGAGCCCGUGCUUCUGGACGUUAUCCACGUGUGUGCUGGUGAUGGACUGAUGAGAAGGGCCGCUGUAGCUUGAAUGUUGUUUCCGUUUUCAACACGGAGCUAAUCUUGUACAGCUGAUUUUAGUGCAACGUGAAAUAAAGUAGCAGAACAAGAUGAA